ACGAAAGCGGACAAAUUAAAGAACUAAGAUUUGUUGUCGUUGUGAAGAUUUUUGUUAGAAACAUGGGUAAACCAACUGGACAUCUCUUGCGUCAACUGAGGUCUCUGAUGAAGAAUAAGCAUCAUUUACCUGAAGCGAUUCAAGCUUACAUCAUCCCAUCUGAAGAUGCGCAUCAGAAUGAAUAUUUAGCAUCAUGUGACCUAAGAAGAGAAUUUAUCAGUGGCUUUAGUGGCUCAGCAGGGACUGCAAUUGUCACAGAAACUAAAGCAGCACUAUGGACAGAUGGGAGAUAUCAUUUACAGGCAGAAAAACAACUGGAUGUAAACUGGACGUUAAUGAGGGAUGGGUUAUCUGAAACUCCAACUCAGGAAGACUGGCUGAUUCAGGAAUUACCCAGUGGAUCAAAGAUUGGUGUUGAUCCAUGGGUUAUUACACAUGGAAAAUGGGCCAAAAUGUCUCAGAGUCUGUCAGCAGCAGGACUGUUAUUAGUAUAUGCAGAGAAGAAUCUGGUUGAUCUGGUGUGGGCAGAUCACAAUCGACCUGACCCACCCUUUGAGGGGUUGAUGGUAUUGGGCAUCUCAUUCACUGGAAAAACCUGGCAAGAAAAAGUAAAACAUGUGCGAGGAACAAUGAAAAAGAGGAAGGCUGAUGCACUAGUGGUGACUGCCCUGGAUGAAAUUGCAUGGUUGUUUAACUUGCGAGGCUCUGAUGUGACUUUUAAUCCUGUGUUCUUUGCUUAUGCCAUAAUCACUCAAGAUGAAGUAAGUUUGUUUAUUGAUGAUUCCAAACUUAACAAAGCUGUAUCUAAACACCUCGGCUUGGACAGUGAAAACGACAACAAUCAGACCAAAGUUACUGUAUGUCCAUAUGAGGGAAUAUCAGAUGCCGUCAAAGAAGCUGCUAAUAGUGGAGCUAGGAUUUGGAUUAGUUUGUCAUCCAGUGUUGCAUUAGUGAGGCUUGUCCCUAAGACUCAACUCAUCUCUGAUCCGUCGCCACUGGCUAGUAGCAAAGCAGUCAAGAAUGCAGUGGAAAUCGAGGGCAUGCGUGAAGCUCAUAUCAGAGAUGCCGUUGCCUUAUGUGAGUAUUUCUGUUGGCUGGAACAAAAGGUCCCUAAAGACGACCUCACAGAAGUCACAGGAGCAGCCAAACUAGAAGAAUUUAGAAGAGAGCAGGAAAACUUUGUAAGCCUGAGUUUUGAGACAAUCUCCGCUGUCGGUUCCAAUGGAGCAAUUAUCCAUUACAGACCAGCUGAGGAAACAGACCGUAUGAUUUCCAAAGAAGAGUUGUACUUAUGCGACUCUGGGGCUCAGUUCAAGGAUGGUACCACCGAUGUUACUCGCACGUGGCAUUUUGGUGAAUGUUUUACUCGUGUUCUGAAGGGACACAUUGCAUUGGCAAGAGCCGUCUUUCCCAACAAAACUACAGGUCAUAGACUAGAUACUUUAGCCCGCAUGUCCUUGUGGGACGCUGGAUUGGAUUACCUGCAUGGUACAGGGCAUGGGAUUGGCUCGUUUUUAAAUGUACAUGAAGGUCCACAGGGGAUCGGAUUCCGGAGCAGAGAGAAUGAAGCCCCUCUAGAAGCCGGCAUGAUGGUUACUGACGAGCCGGGUUACUAUGAAGACGGUGCUUUUGGAAUCCGUAUUGAAAAUGUGCUGCUUGUAAAACCGGUUGAACUGCAGGUAAAAAAUCCAUUAAAACUCGAAAAGCGCUCCAUCUUUCCAAUCCAAACCAAGCUUCUGAUGCCGUCUAUGUUAACAGAAGAAGAGGUUGAUUGGAUCAACUGGUAUCACGGCUUAUGUGCAGAGAAGGUUGGAUCAGCUCUGAGAGAACAGGGCCGUACAAGCGCAUUGAACUGGUUAAUAAAAGAGACAGUUGCUUUAGGUUGAAUGUCUAGGUGACUAAUUUGCAUAUGACAAGAGCUGACAACUGACAGCUGAUCAGUGAGUUAGCAGACAUUUAGUUCAUGUUCGCGUUACGUCUGUUUGUCCGCAGUAAGAUAAGCUUUGUCCCUUUCAACGGAAAGGCAACGUGAAGUAGUGCUACAAGAAGACAGCAACUACAACAACAAACAUCAACAACAACAACAACAAAACGAACAAUCUGAAAAUAGUAUUAAAAUUUUUAGUUUCAU